GACCGUCAAAAAAAGCAAGUUUAAAGAAAGUACCAAAGAAACCUCUCAUGAACUAACAUGGAAAUGCACCCUCUCUACUACAUAUACCCCAUUCCCCACUUGCCAUUUUUCAAAUGAUGAUACCCAAAAACAACUCAACAUCCCUUAUUUAAACCCAUCCAAAGAAUUUUCUGCUUCUAUGGCUCCAACUAAACCAGACGGUCGAUGCAGAAAACACCCAAAACACAAGCAAUCACCCGGCGUUUGCUCUAUUUGUUUAUCCGAUAAGCUUUCUCAAAUUUCACGUGUAGGUUCUGCUUCUUCGUCGACAGACUCAGUUUCUUCCGGUUCUUCUUCGUUAUCUUCUUAUUCUUCUUCUUCUUCGUGUUCUUCUCCGGUGUAUCGUGACUAUGAAGGAAGAGGAUCUUUGUCAUUCUUGUUAAGUGGGAAAAUAAAUGUGCUGACUAAGAGUAGAUCUUUGGCUUUUGUGUCGAGAACAAGAUUGUCGAGAGGUAAUAAUAAUAAAGAAAAGGUUGGUGAUGAUGAAAACAAGAUCAAAAGCGGGUUUUUGUCUAAGUUGCUAUGGCGUCCCAGAAAUAAGAGAAGAGAGGAGGGUUUAGUGCACUCAAGAACCAUGAGAGAAAGGAUGAUGAUGAGUAUCAGUACUAAGGUUAAUUGAUCCAUCAUUCACGCAUUUUAUUGAUUCUUUAUUAAUUUCAUUUGUUAGGUUAUAAAUUUUAAUAUGUUACUACAAUUUUAUAUCAAAGAAUAAUUAUGGAUAUAUUUACGAUACAUGGAGGAAUAUAUAAUACUACUAUAAAGCAAAAAUAUGCAUGGAUUGCCAGCUGAAGAUGCAUGUCUUGUUUUGCGUAUAGUAAUCAAAUGAAUUUCAGUUAUAUGGUACUGAUACUACUUUUUCCAGUAA